GCCUGUCCGAUUACGACAUGUAUUUUGGGAUACCAUGACUGGGUUCUCGAGAAGGCAUAAAGGGCUCCAGGACACAAAGAGGUUUGGGUGCUUUUGCUGUACUCGUUCGAUAUCAAAUUCAAGUUGAUCCUGAAAUGGCCGGAUCAACCCGUAAUGAAAAGGUACCGCCAUUGAGAAUGGUUGGCGACUGACUGCAGGAGCAACAUGCGAGUCAAGUUGCCCAUCAGUCUGCAUGUCAACGCUUGUAUUUCGAUCUACGGUAUACUAAUAGGGUGACCCUGCAACAGAAGUACCUUUCAGUUCUUCUAUUUUGACGGCAGCAUUAAGCCAUACAAGUUCUCGAUGGGUUUCGUUUGAAGUCACCGCCUUGCACUCGAUCAUCUAGUUUCUCGUCGAAACCCACCGCGCGUCCUUUACUCCCGGAUAGCCUGUCGCAUGUGCCCGAUAUGCGAGACUAUAUUAAACCUGCUGUUUGUCGCUUAUAUCGCGUGUUUCAUGAUCAGCCACUGCCUGCAUCCAGAGAUUGGAAAAAGAAGAGUUCAGAUGGGUGCGACUGGAAUAAGGCGCUCGAGUUUACGAGGCGACGUUGGAGAAGUCCCAGGUUGCGGUGUUUCAGCUGUGCUGAUUGUCCAGGGAUAUAUCGACACAUCUCUGAUUGAUAUCUGGGAUGGCAGGUUACGGAGGCGUAACGCUUAUGGUCCUUUUCUGUAGCUGGAGGCGCCAUCAACGGUUGAACCCGAAUUACUGAACCAUUCUUCGCUGCGUAAACUACGAUACAAACGCAUCGUUGGCGCGACUACCAUCAAAAUAGUGCUACGACUGAAUUUUACGAGUGAGACUCGUUAUAUUCAUAUCCUGGCCCGGGCGUCUCUACUGACACCCAUUAAAGUCAAGGUAUUCUGACGGAAGCUGUAACAUAAGGUUCUAUCUAGCCUUAGGGUGGCCAGACUCAAUUCUAUCCCUGGCUUUGAUUAUUGAUUGAAUUUGCGUAUAGCACCAAUCGUGUGGAGUGAAU